GAGAAGAAAAAGCGGGAUUAACCUCCCAGCUUCAAUGUCUGAGACUUCGCUCCGUCUACAGACAGCCUCAUCUGAAAAUGCUGGAAGCUCCGCAUGCUUGUCUGACGCAGUUCCUACAAUGGACGUGGAAAAGUUAUCCUGCCAAAGCUCAUCAUUGGCCCCUGUGGCGGAAGCAGUUCCAUCUUCUUCAGUUAUGGAGGAUUGCUUAAAACUACUCCGAGGAGAAACAGUUCAGUCUUCUGCGUUAACGGAGGGUUGCUUAAAACUACUUCGAGAAGAACCCGAAUUCCGGCGAUUGGCUGUUUUACUUCUAGUAGCCAAAGUUUGUCAGGACAAAGAUGACUAUUAUUGCAUCAUCAAAGUCUACCUCACCCUAGGCCUUCAGUUUUUCCUCCGUCUCUUACGCACAGGAAGAAAAGCUGGCAGGGGUGAUGGUGCUUGCUUGGAGCUAUCUGUUACUGAACUGGCUGCUUUCUGCAAAGUUCCCAAAAUUGCUGCGUCUUCACGGCUUCUUCAUGUCAUUCCUCUCCUCAUGCAGAUUCUCUAUACAGGAGGAUCAGUCUCGCCGUCUGGAACAAUUGAAGAUUGCUACUAUGAGUUAUUGUACUUGGUAGCAAAUGCUCAAGAAGAUGGUGUCAGGGUACUGUAUGAAUCUGGAGGGAUCGGGAUUCUUGCAUCUCAGAUGCCCGAUCUGCUGCUAGUUGGUUCAAAUAAUGUGGUUCAAUAUGCCGUGGAACUUGUUCAGCUCAUGUUAACCAAGUUCCCUGCUAACGAAACUUUCAUCAAACAUCCCUCAGAGCUGGCCAUGUUGGUUGUUGAAGCAUCACGGAUUUUCGGCUUGUUGCGUACUGAUGAUGUCAAAUUUAAAGUGUCAACACUUCGCUUCAUAUCACUCAUUUUAUGUUCCCAACGUUCAGCACCUGUAAAAGAAGCUCUCCGGUCUCUGCAGAAGGUUUCUAGAAGUACUGUCUGGUUAACUAACAUUCUAUCUGGUGUUGUAGCUAUCCUGAAUAGUGCAGUUACGCCUGAUGACAAACUUCAAGCUCUAUUCUUAGCUGAAUCCACCAUUUCAGUUGUUGGCAUACAAUGGUUAAUUGGUCAGGUAGAUGUCACCAAGGGUCCAUUCCUCUCUGACUGGUGUAUCCUCUUGGAGAAUUGUAGGGUAGAAAUAGUUUGUCUUCUCAAUGACUUCGCGUAUUUAAGAUUUGAAGCCUCCAAAAGUACUUGUGCAUCAUCAGUAGUGAUGGAGGCCAUGACGUCGAUGUGUAAAGACCUCAGUAUGUUGCUUUAUUUGGUCAGGGCAGUAAUGGAACUCAUUUCAAACAAAUCUGGAGACGGAGGAGCUCAUGAAGACUUACAUGAUCCAGAUGCAGCCCCCACAUCAAGUGACUACUGCAUCUUGACGAAAAUCACAUCUGCACUGGAGGAGACAAUUUUGUUUGUUUUGAAUUAUCUAGGGGAUGCCAAGGAACAUGGGCAGAACAGAGGAGAUGAUCUCCUUGCUUCAGUGGAGUUAAUUGCUAAAUAUCUUGAACUAGCAUCUGAUGGUUACUUGCUUGAGAUCUUAGAUGAAGCCUCAGUGCCUUUAAACUAUAUGCUAUCUGUCCUUGGGAACGACGAGGUUUGCCCUGUUAUGUCAACAGGCGCUCUGCUUCCAUUGAUUAAUGUUAUUGUAAUGGGUAAUCAUGCUAUAAGGGAUGUGUUUGUUGUAACAUCUGGUGCAUUGGAAGGUCUUGUCAAAAGCUUGUUGAGUUUCAUUGUCCCAACAAGCAUGGUUGAGGAUGUUAGCCUCAUGUUUUGCUACAAUUGUUGUUGUAUACUGUUGAUCUUCCUAGAGUACUGCCCAAAAUUGAGGUCUGCGGAGGUGGAUGUUUCUCUUUUCAUACUUUUGGGACCAGUGUCACGUUGGGCAGUUAAAACAAACAACAUGGCCAUUAUUCUGAUGGCGUCAAGUCUUUGCGCACUAAUACUGGCGUCCCAAUUUGAAAAGGAUGUGCUGUGUUAUCUGGAGUUGAAUCCAGAUCUCCUGAAUCCGUUAUCGCAGGUCAUAAGCAGAAGCGUCGCUGUUUAUGCCAGGGCUUCUGAUGUACCUGAAGAAGAUGACCAUCCUUAUUUAGCCAAGGGUUGUUAUCAACUAGCUUUUAGUCAUUUUAAAUACUGUGGCUCUAGCUGGGUGGAGAGAUUACCUAGCCUCAAAGAGGCGAUUGAAAGACAAACCGAAGGUUCGGAAGCAUGGCAAUUGAAAGAUAAAUUAGAUUAG